AUGAAGUCACAGACACUCCUCGCUGCUGUUGCGAACAUCGCGUCGAUUAGUGCGCACACAAUCUUCGUGCAGCUCGAGAGCGGCGGCACCACCAAUCCCGUCGGCUAUGGCAUUGCUGUUCCUUCCUACGACGGCCCAAUUACGGACGUCACCACGGACGCACUUGCGUGCAACGGCGGCCCGAACCCAACGACGCCGUCCGACAAGAUCAUAGAUGUCACAGCUGGGUCAACUGUAACAGCAACCUGGAGGCAUACCCUUACUUCUGGUGCCGAUGAUGUUAUGGACGCAUCUCAUUUGGGUCCCACACUGGCGUACCUCAAGAAGGUAGAUAAUGCGACCAGUGGUAGUGGAGUUGGGAAUGGCUGGUUUAAAAUUUAUGAAGAUGGCUAUACCAGUGGAGUGUGGGGUACCAGCAAGGUCAUCAACAAUGCCGGCAAGCAGGCGAUACCCAUCCCAAGCUGUAUUGCCGACGGUCAAUACCUUCUGCGUGCUGAAAUGAUUGCGCUACACGCCGCGAGCUCGGCCCAAGGAGCACAACUUUACAUGGAAUGUGCUCAGAUCAACGUCAGCGGCGGCAAAGCCACGGUCUCACCGACGACUUACAGCAUUCCAGGCAUUUACACGGCGACUGACCCUGGCUUGCUCAUCAACAUCUACUCCAUGACAAGCUCUAGCACCUAUGACAUCCCAGGCCCGGACGCUUUCACCUGCUCAGCUUCCGGAGGCAGCAGCACGACCACGGCCGCAGCCUCGACAACCAAGGCGUCCUCCUCCACAUUGAGCACAUCGACCAAGACGAGCACUGCUGCGUCCAGCACGACCACCGGCGCAUCGGCUUGCACAGCAGCAAAGUACGCUCAAUGCGGUGGCACUGGGUUUACUGGUUGCGCAACAUGUUGCGCAUAA